AUGGACCAGAAUACUCCAGACGAGAGAGAUCCGACACUACAGGCCGCCAUUGAUCUGCGACCGUUCCCGGGCUUUCCGUUUGAGCCAGAGAACCGAGGGGAUAGGCGACGACAUUUGGACGGUGUGAGCCACCUCCUCCCAGCGCCUAGACCGAUACCAGAGGUGGUCGAAGGCGAGCUCAUCGUCGAGGCUCGAGAUGGCUACCCGAUCAAGACCAAGUUCUACAGGCCUGCAUCCGGUGGCGAGGAGAAGAGGCCACUAGUGAUACUAUUCCACGAGGGCGGAUGGGUCAUGGGUGACUCGACGGAUGAAGACUCUAACGCCAGAGUCUUUGCCAGCGAUCUCGGCUGUGUCGUUCUAAAUCCUGAGUACAGACUGGCGCCAGAGUUUCCAUUUCCUACCGGCGUUUUGGACUGCUGGGACGUGCUGAAAUGGGCCACCCAGGCUCCUCUUGGCGCGGAGCCGAGCUUGGGAUUCAUUAUCGGUGGCUCAUCCGCAGGGGCCAACAUCACUGCCGUUCUGGCCCACCUCGCCAUCAAGGAGAACCUCCAGCCCCCUAUCACUGGUCAAUGGCUCUGCGUACCUUAUCUUCUGCCCCCUGAACUGGUCCCUGAGCGGUAUCGAGACUCCUACCAGAGCAUGUGGACCAACCGUGUCGACCCCGUACUUCCUCCACUGCUUGAUGGACCAAGUGAUAAGACAACCGGUUUCAUCUCCACGAUGAUCAAGGCGGAUGCUUAUUCGCCACUGUUCUCCCCUUUUGCCAAAGAGUGGUAUCCCGGCCCUGACGGUACACGCAGACCCCCCAAGACCUUCUUCCAAGUUGCCGGGCUUGAUCCUCUGCGGGACCAUGCACUUGUGUACCAAAAGGUGUUGGAGGAAGAGUGGCAUGUCCCCACCCGACUGGAUCUUUAUGAGAGGCAUGGCCACAUGUUUUGGGCCAACUGGCCGCAGAUUGAGAGGAGCAAGGACUACUGGAGGGAUAUGGUUGAUGGGAUGAGAUGGCUGCUGGAUGACGAGAGUGCAUCUUGA